CGUCGACGUCGUUUUGUUUACUAUCAUGCUGAGUAGCGUGUUCUUCUUCUUGCUUUGCAAAUGAUGAUAAAAUGGCGUCCGCAGGUGCUGGCGAACGACAUGACUCUGCAGGAACGGCUACCCAGCGAGCAGGGCGAGAGUCUGGUGGAAAUCGUGGUGGGCCGGCCUCGACCUCUGGCGGUGCUCCAGUAGCGGAAUGCGGUCAGCGUGCUUCUUCGGGUGGCAGGCACAGCAGCGGGACGAAGAGAAAUCCUUCGUACUACAAGUACGACAACCGACAGUGGUUUCUUGAUUGGGUUUCUGCUGACGAGUCCGCGCUGACGAGUCCACCUUGCGGUGGAGUCGUCUUCGUGACAGACCAUAAGAAUUUUCGGCUCGUCGGGGCCGUGAGCAGGUGGGAAGAUUGUUCGGAAGGAGUUUGUACUUUCAUCCUUCAGACGACAUACGGAAAGGACGGUCGUCCUGACGAUGACGCCCAUGGUGUCAGAUUGUCUUGGAAAAAGUUCCGAGGUUUCGACAAACAAGCCACCAUGCUUCCAUUUUACACGGCCAUAACAUCAGAUUUAGAACCAACUGUUCUCUUGCGGGUCUUCUUUGAUGAGUGGGAGAGAGUGGUGCCGCCAGCCAGGUGUUUAGAUGUGCCGCAGGAGCAUCGUAUUUCAAUGUCGAUCUCGUACGUUGGCGAUGACGAGGACCGCACGCGAACUUCAGAAAUGUCGACUGCUGUUGCUACAGAGGGUGCGACUGGAGUGCUUGACCCUAGCUACGUUCCUGAACAGCCAGAGCCCUCAGGUGCUUAUGAAGAAUCCGAGACGGAAGGUGAAGCUACCGAGCGCAGACAUGCGGAGGGGGCGGUCGCCGAUGUGGCUCAGGGUCCAGUGAGUGCUACAAAUGAGCCGUUGACUGGGGCGAAGACAACUGGAGUUAGCACAUCGGGAGGAGAUCAUGAGGUUGCCGAGCGGCCAAGGGAUAUGGGCAAAAGACCUGUUGCGGUGGGAGAAAAGAGAAGCGGAGAAGAAUCUGACAGCGAGGGGGCUAGAGACGAACACAGACAGGCCGUACAAUCGGACAAGAAGAAAAGGAAAACAAGUACCCCUCGCCAGAUAUCUGAAAAGAAGAGGAAGUCGAGAGGGAGGAACCCACAAACACUGAAGGCGAGACGGGGAGGUGGAACGGGGGAGGGGUCAUCGAAAGACAAGCGGGCACGAGCAGAUGAAAACGACAGUGAGGACGACAAGGAAAAGGUUGUCGAUCUGGACGCCGGGUACUUUCUGGAAUGGAAAGAGGGUGUAAAGAAAGAUGUCACUCUUUCUAUCAACCCGGAGAGGGUCUUGGAGUAGUCGUCGUGGGAAAGGCCGUACAAUCAUCGUUCGAUCGACUCAACCCACACGGCAUAUAUAUUGCGGUGUAUGAUGGAUGCCUUCAAGAAGAAAGGAAAGACGUACGAGAAGCCAAUUUUGAAAUUGGCGCCAAUCGUAGGGCUUUCUAGCCCCGGACGGAAGGUUGUUCGGGUGACCCCGGUGGAUAACCCGAACGAGCACUGGUGCUAUGCUGUGAGCGGGCAGCAAAAUGUCAAGGUUGCGCUGGAGUUAAGAAACCACGAGAUUUGGGAGAAGCAUACCUUCUCCGACAGGCCCUUCAAGCCGUUGUACUUCACCGAGGAGGACUUCGACGGUUAUACACAGAUAAACGUGAACGAGAAUA